UAGACGAGAGUCCAGAGGAAAUGAUGCUGUGAAGCUGAUUAGUUCUUCCCCUGGGGGGACGUGAUUGUGACCAUCGUGCUGAUGUGACAAUUGACUGAUGAGCUGUUUUGACAGACGGAAGCGCUGGGACGCGGGAGAGGUGGGCGAAAUGGCAGCAGGGGGUGUAUAACAGGAAGAAGGAUUAGAGUUCAAAGUGGCGGAUGUUUGGAGGAACAUAAAGACAAUCUUCUCAGGUGCCCGAUGAAAUAAGCCCAUGUGUAGCAGGAUGGGCACAUUUGUGACCCUGACGGAAGUGUUGGAGGCUCGGGGUUCCCCCCUGGAAGAGGAUGAGGUUUGGUGUCUGCUGCUGGCCACCGCUGAUGCCUUACUGGAUAUCUCCAAAAAAGGUCCAGGUAACAUGUGUAGUGUGUUGAGCCCAGGCUCAGUGCUACUGUCAGCCAACGGGAACCUGGCCUUCAAGAGCUGCGCACGGAGUGAAGACGUUGCCUCGUUUACUGCUCCCGAGGUGCAGCAGGGUCAAGCUCCUUCCACCAGGGCAGCAGCUGAAAAGAUGGUUGUAUACUCACUGGGAAUGACUCUUUACUGGUGCGCUGAUUAUCGCCUUCCUCAAAAUCAGCCGGUCCAGAUAAGCACCGAGCUGGAGGGUUUGCUGCUGAGCAUGUGCGAGGACAUGGCGGUGAGGAGGACCGACCUGCUGACGGUGCUGGAGACCUGUGACUUUCAUCAUAAGACCUCCAUGCUGCCGCCCCCAGAACGCCUCAUCAGGCAGCUGGUGGAGGACGUCUACAGAAGCUCAGCUGACCACGUGUCCAUGGCGGAGAACGGAUCCCAGCUGACAGACCGCAGUCAGACGGUCAGGGACAGAUUACACAGAGGUUCUUUCAGUAACUCAACAUGGAGCCUAAAAAAGAAAAUCCACAGAACAUUCUCAGGAACAUCUUAUCCUGCUGAUGGUACAGGAACAUCCUCUGGCGGUGGACUCAGAGACAGUUAUCCCAGCUGGCAGAAUCUGAACCGUACCCCCUGCAGUCCAUACAUGGACGGCCAUAAAACCGCCAGUGCAAGAUCUCUCCCACAGUUUGAAUCCACAAUGAGUUUGAAUGACAAGAAAGUGAAAGACAUGGGUCCUGAGUUUAUCAGAGUUUUAGAGGAACCCCUCAUUGUUUUGGAGCUGCCUGGAUCCAUCCUGACAAGGAAGGGGAAAUCUCCAGGCAGCUAUAGAGAGCUCAGUGUGGUGAUGCCAAAUGGUCAAAGCAUCCUGGUCAAGUGUGAGGUGAAAACCAGAGGAGGGGAUGUGUUUGACAUGAUCGUGGCUCAUUCAAACCUCGUGGAACAUUUCUAUUUUGGCCUUGCAUAUCUUGAUGAUAAUGAGUUUUUCUUUGUCGAUAAUGACACCAAGAUUUCCAAAGUGGCUCCAGAUAGCUGGAAGAAAGUGCCUACAACCAUGUUUGUCCUUUUCUUCAGGAUUAAGUUCUUUGUAAACAACAUCUCUCUUCUUUUGCACAAACAGACCCGUCACCAGUAUUACCUCCAGCUCAGGAGGGACCUUUUAGAAGACAGACUGUCCUGUCAUGAGGAGACUGCUCUGUACCUGGGAGGUCUGGCCCUGCAGACGGAGUAUGGAGACUGCAUGCCUGAGGUCUAUGGUAGAAACUACUUCCGACCCGAUCAGUAUGUCUCCAAGAGUGUGAUGGAGAAACGUGCCUUGCCUUACAUUCAGGCAGAGCUGCUGAGACUUCAUGCCAAUUACGCCCAGAUGCCAACAGAUGAAUCGGAGCUUGAAUUCCUAAAGGUUUGUCAACAGUUGCCUGAAUAUGGUGUCUUCUUCCACCGCGUGGUGCGGGAGAAAAAGACUUCAGACGGAGAGAUAAUUCUCGGAGUUUGUGCCAAAGGUGUCAUCAUCUAUGAGGUGAAGGAUGGCUGCAGGUCCGCUGCUCAGAACUUCUACUGGAGGGAGACGGCCACCAUCUCCUCUAACAAACGCAGAUUUAUAAUCGAGUUCCGGGGCAGCCGGAAGAAGCACAUCUUCAUCACAGAGCGGUCUAAGAUAGCCAAAUACUUGUGUAACCUCUGUUCAGCCCAGCACAAGUUUAACAAUGAGAUGAGCUCCCGCCAGCUAAGCCACAGCCUGGUCUCAGAGGACAACCUUGUGCAGUAUGCAGCUGUAUGCCGUGCCCAGAGCAGCCAGCUCAAGUCCCCCUCAUCUUCUGAGACGCCGCAGGAGGACAGUGGCCUGACCACGCCUCAGGAAGAGUCCCUGACCAAACUGUGCAAUGACGUUGCAGCCAGAAUUGAGGCCCGUGUGAAACAGCAGAGCAGCACCUGCUCCAGCAGUCAGCGCAGCAGCACGUCUUUACGUUCUCCAUCCUGUUCUCAGAGGAGUGGAUCAGAAGUCCAUUCUGGAUUCCCAGCAGCCCGAGAAACACCACCCAAACUGGGGACAUCAUCAGAGAGGGAAGUCAUAUGUGUUUCGUUGAAGAAAGACCCAAAACUAGGCUUGGGUAUAGUGAUAGUUGGAGAGGACACAGUAGGCCGCUAUGACUUGGGCAUUUUUAUUGCCUCCAUUGUGCCUGGCGGACCUGCGGAUAAGGAUGGACGCAUCAGACCAGGUGGGCGUCUGAUAUCCCUGAACCACAUCAGCCUGGAGGGCGUCACUUUCAGCGAGGCAGCAGAGGUCAUGGAGAGCAGCCCUGAGGAGGUGCAGCUCAUUGUCUCUCAGCCAAAAGUCCCAUUAAGUCCCAACUGUCUUCGGUCUCCUGUGCUGAGAAAAUAUGGAUCCCAGACUACGCUGAUGACAGACGGACGUUCACGGGACGAUAGCCUAGAUGAGAUUGUCUCUGUCAUGAUGACACCGAAGGCCUCCAACAGGCUGCUCGUCCCACUGGACAUACGAGCCCUCAGUACACAGGAUGGCUGCCCACUGUCUCCAUCUCUGAACUGUGUGAGGCCAGAAGAGAUCACUGUGGAGCUCAGGAAGAUAUCAGGAAAUCUGGGCAUCAGCAUCUCUGGUGGAGCAAACAGUAACCUUCAAAAUGGGGGAAUCUACAUCAAGAGCCUUGUUCCAGGAGGGGCAGCAGAGAGGGACGGACGUUUACACACAGGUGACAGAAUUGUGGAAGUUGAUGGGACGAGCUUCCAUGGCUUCACCUACCAGCAGGCUGUGGAAUGUCUGGGUAAAACUGGAGAGGUGGUCUACUUUGUUGUGGAGCGGGAGUCAAUCAAACUGCCUAAAGUUUCUGUGAUCGCUGACGCCGACAGCCCGGUGUCCAAUCAGAGAGUCAGUCGAGCCUCAAGUCACCUGAGACUCAACAGCUCCUCGUCCCUCAUCUCUUCCACGAGCACGAGGUCCGACCGCUCCAGAGACUACGGCUUCGUCACUGAUGAAAACGUCUUGGAGGUGACUCUGACCAAGGAUGCUAACGGCCUGGGAUUUAGUUUCCUAAUGUGUGAACUGGACCCGCCCACCAAGGUCUUCAGCAGCUUGGUCCGGAUAAAGCAGCUCUUCCCUGGCCAGCCCGCGGAGCAGAGCGGCAGGAUCCAGGAGGGAGAUGUCCUGCUGGCCAUCAAUGGCCAGUCACUGAAGGAGCUGUCCUAUCCAAAAGUGCUAAAACUGUUCAAGACUUCCCCGCCUGAAGUGAGGCUGACUCUCUGUCGGCCUGCACCAGGGAUUCUCCCCUCCAUGGAUCAUUUCACCAUCACCUGAGCCGUCGUCUGAGUGCUACACGGCACCAGUACUGUUUAAUGUUGUGAAGCAACAGUUGGUGAUGGACACUGAUGGCUUACUUAGAGAAGCCGUUCUGAGCAGUUGACAGACUGCCGUUGACACGCCAGGAAGGUCAGUAUUGUUUUCUACCACCCAAUGUUUUUUUGAAAAAAAA